GUUUAAGUGAAAAAUCUCCGCCACCGCUGCCGCCUUCUGGGGUGAAAAUUGAGGAAAAGGAGCCGUCGUUUCCCGGCCUUUGUAGAAGUUCGCCUCAGGAAGGCUACGGAUUUUUUUAUGGGAAGAGGGAGGGGUUAAGAAAGAGCCUUCUCACUGCGGCGGAGGGAUUCCUAUUUGCGAUUCCGUCCGAGGCCGAGUUAAAAAAAAUAAGUUCUGGCGCGCAGUUCGUUUGUUGCUUGAGAGAAGGAAAGUCGCGGAGGGGGUGUUUGCGCAUGUGCGGUGGGUGAAUCGACGAUGGGGGGCUCCCGGGAGCGGCGGCAAGAGUCACUGCUCCGAUUCCACCAGUUUCUCCUGCGAGUAUACGAGGAAAGAAAGAAGAAUAUCAGCCAAGGACCGCUUACCUUUGAGACUGAUGUGCAAGGCUAUUUGAUUUGUGAAGGAUGUCCAAAUCCCUUGGAGAACUUCUGGAACAGAAGUGGUAUGAUGUUCAUUAUGAACCAAGCGAGACCUUGUGAAGAAGCCCAUGAACUGGAAGAGGAGCAAAUAGGUGACCCUUCUACGUCUAGGGCUUUCCCCAAAGAAGAUUCUUCAGCACUUGCUUUACCCCUUGCAAGAGCAAGGCAGUUGAUCUCAUUCUACACAAUGUCUCAAAAUCCAAACAUGGUCCACUUAAUAAUAAACAAGUCAGCACCACUUCCUCCACUGUGGGUACGAUGUGAUCGCUCCGACCCCAAACAAACUAUCUGGCUGGGAGCUGAACCUCUCAGCAUUGAAGACAAGCUAACAGGGAUCAAUCUUUACACAGUUGCCUGCAAUGUUAAGAGUUCCUCAUCAAAUCUGAGUCCAAUGUCAAAUAAAACAUUUUCUGCAGAUUUGGAAGAUCUGAAGGAGACUCACAGAAUGAGGCAUCACUCUUCUGAUUUGACAGUAAAGGGUUUUGCCCGUUAUGAGUUCCUUGAAGCCACCUCAUUGGAGUCCCUUUCGCUGGAAGACACCCUUAUUCCAUUGGACAGAAAUAUAUUUGCUGAUUUUACUUGGAACUCUGUAAGGAAGAUGCUGCAAGUCCCUCCACUCACUUCUUCUGCCACAUUGAAUGUUCAGAUGGCAUCUGGGAGUCCCUUGAGUUCUGUAUAUGAACUGAACAGGGAGGUGCAGUUCCUCCUUAGUUUGGCUGAGAGCUUGGAGACCGGCAUAACUAACUGGCCUAAUCCUUUGGGGAAAAAACCAGUUGUUGAACUAGUACAGAAACUUUUGAAAGAUUUAAAGGACGAAGUUGAUGGGUUGAAGAAGCCAAGCAAUGGUGAUGCUGAGAGUCUCCAAGAGGACACUUCUGCAGUUUAUGGCAACAUGAAAAAACUUUUUAGUAGGAGAGGAGACCUCGAUUUUCUUGAGCAGUUGUGGUGUAAAAUAUGGAAGAAUGUCACUUCAUGUGAGGACCUGGUGAAGUGUUUCAAAUUGAUAAUGAAAUCCCUCCAGCAUGGUGAACUGAAGACCUGGGUUCAUCAAGAAAGCAACAGCUUAUUGAGCAAACUGAUUAAGCAAUCUUAUCAUGGAAGUACAGAGACAGGUUUGCUUAGUGGAAAUACUCCAUUUCAAAUACUUCUAGAAAUCGGUUUGGAUAAAAUGAAGAGGGAUUAUGUCAGCUAUUUUGUAGGCAAGGAAUUUGCAAUACGUACUCACUUGGACUACUUCAUAUCUGCUUCAGUAGACCUGCAGGAGCAGGUUCAUCGUGUUCAGAAACUCCAUCAUAUGCUAGAAAUCGUGGACAACUGUGUAGAACUUCUUAAACUUGAGCACGAGAACCUCAUCUUUUUGACACAGUCCUGUAUAAGCUACUACAAGGAAAACCCCCUGAAUGAGAAGCGUGUAUUUCAGCUACCAGUCAGGACAACUUUUGUGAAGGAGUUCUACCAAAAUGCUAAUCCCCGAAUAUGGAGAGUGGAAAUCAGUAGUGGACAAGGAGAGAAAAAAGUUAAAACAGUAUGGCAGCUUAACACCACCCCUCCAGCUGAACACGUGAAUCCAAGCACUGUGGCUAUGUACCAAAGGCACGAAGGAUAACAGCAUGGGGGACAAUCAGCUCUCCACUAGAAGGGAGUUCCACAGCUGGGGCAUUGUCACCACAAAGGCCCGGCUUCCCACGAACACCUGAUGGACCUUACCGGUCAAUGGGGACCACAAGCAGGGAUUUCCCCACCAAUCCUAAGCCUGAAGGCACUUUUAAAACUUCUUGGAUCCUGAGCCAUUCAGGGCUUUGUACACCUUGAAUUGCACCCAGUAGCUCAACGUCAGUGAAUCUGGUUUUUUUUUUAAAAAAAGAAGAUGGGCCACUGGCCUGAUCCAGCAGGCUGUUCUUAUGUUCUUAAGAAGACACAGUGACACAUGACCCCAUGUCACUGGCCCACAUAAUAACUGGGCAGUGGCAUUCUGCACCCAUAGGAGCUUCUGGAGUGUCUUCAAGGGAAGCCUCAUGUAGAAUGGGUUGCAGUAGUCUGAAGUCAAAUCUGGGCUUUGGAACUCUUUGUCACUGAGGCCACUUAGGCUGAAGAAACAACUUGACAUCAAGGAGCACGCAAAGGCUACAUGCCUGUUCCUGCAUUGGGAGUGCUGCCUUGCCCAGAGCAGGGCACCUACCCAAUUCCCAGACCUGCGACCCACUUACCCAUUGUGCCUUUGCCUUUUGCUGAUUCAGCCUCAGUUAAUUAACCUUCGCCUGGCCCUCCACAGCCUCACGACGCUGGUUCAGCCUCUCCCGAUUCAGGUGAAAUGGAGCGACAGAGGUGGGUGUCACCUGUGUAUUUGUGACACUGCACUCCAAAUGCUACUGAAGCUUCCUUUAAUAAAAUGGAAUCAGUAAAGUAGAUAAGAAUGCUCACGGUAUAUUUUGAAAAGACCUGUGGCUUUAGUUUAAAAAUGCUUCUUAAUACUGCCCCACCCUCCAAAAAACCCCUCAGUACAUAAAGCAGAGCUGCAGGAUUUUAAGUUUGACACUCCUCCUCAACAUUUAUAUAGUAUCUACAGUGCGUCAGAAGUUUAUGUGCUCCUGUGCCCAUGCCACUUAGAAUCUACAUGAGAGAUAACAAAAAGGCUCAGCGGAAGGUUCCUGCUAAAUUGAUCAGAAAGAAUAUAGACUGGUGGGUCGUAGCAGUUAAACUGUUCAAUUUACACACCAUUCCAGAAACAUACCGUGGGGCUGGAACACAAGAUCAUUGCUCCUAUAUCUAAGAAAGUUAAACCCCAACAACUGUCAUUCCAUUAGUCUGAUUGAAAUUGAUAUUAACGUUCACAUCAAGUUCUUCCUUUUACAAGCAGGAGUUCUGGGCAGCAGCAAAUGAUGCAUUCAAGAGGAAGUGAGGUUUAGUGUGGGAUUUUCAACAUCAGACUCCUCUUUGCUAUAUUAAAUUAUCCCAGAAGGGCCAUUUAUAUGUAGCCUUUGUUGAUUUUGAAGGCUGCUUUUGACUCCAGAAGUAGACAGACGAUGUUAAAUCUCCUCUCCCCUCAUUUAGAUCAGUGAUUGCUGUAUCUAAUUAGAAUCCCCGCAGCCUGGUCUGAAGGCACACGAUGCAGCCAUCUUGUUGAAGUUAUGCAAGUCUGGGUCUGGUCAGUGCCUAGGUGGGGGACAUAUGGGGAAAAUAAAGCCUAUUAUACUGCUGAUUUUGAUAUACAAAAUUGUAUGCAUCUCUCAGCUGCUUCAGUAUCUGCCUUUUUGCUUAAAUCAGUCGGCUCUCUAGGUCCUGCUCCCAACCAUGCCUUGAAAGAGAAGGGUCUGGGCUUCAGUUAUUCUCCAGCCUCUUGCACUCACUGUUCUAAACAGUGGUGGAUUUGUAGUGGCACUGCUUUUUACCUUGUGGUUUCUGGUGUCAUUUCUCAUUAUAAGAAUGCCACACUUCUCCACGAGCCUGUAGUGAAAAGGAGCUUUGCUAAGAGCUGAGACAGAAUCGUGGAUAUUAACGUUGCAAAUAUGGGUGGGAUGUUGCGAUAUCCUAAACUAGGGGUAGCCAACACAGUACCCUCCAGGUGUUGCAGAUCGCAACUGCCAUCAUCUCUGGCCAUUGGCCAGCAUGGCCAAUGGGGAUUGUGGUCUGUAGCUAGAGGGCACCAGUGGCUACCCCUGUCCCAAGCUUUUAUGAAGAAUACUUUUAAUAAGAUCACUAGUGAAAUUUGCAGUUUUGUAAUGGGUGGGAGAUUUAUAUAUUAUACAAGGACUCUCCUCCAACUUCAUACCCAGGUAGGGCCUGCUUGAAGCUUUGGAGAGCUACUGCCAGUCGGUGUAGACAGUACUCAACAG